CCCCGUUGCUCAGUCGCGUUGCAGAGAGUCGUUGACAUCAUUGACUCUGCGCCAAAUUCUCGCAGCGGAAGCCCAGUCUAGACGCGCGCGCCGCGCCGCACGCUCCCUGUCAUUUCGCAACAUGCUGAUCUGAUCGUUAUAUUGUUGAUCUCCAGAAUUCGCUCACUCGUCAUCAUUUGUGACGCUCAUCCCUCGCCUCUCACCACAAUGGCCACCGGACCGCGUGUCAUUUACUGGUUCCGGACCGACCUCCGCCUGCACGACUCGCCCGCCCUCGCAGCUGCCCUCGGCCUCGACCCGGCCGUCCUCUGGCCCAUCUUCACCUGGGAUCCGCACUAUGUCUACCGCGCCCGCGGGGGCCUGAACCGGUGGCAGUUUCUACUCGAUUGCCAAAAUGACCUGUCGGAGAGCAUUACCAAGCUGAACCCCCGGUCCAAGCUAUUUGUCCUGCGUGAGGGUCCGCAGACACUGUUCCCCAAGCUCUUCAAGGCGUGGAAGGUAACGCACCUGGUAUUUGAAAAGGACACGGACGCGUACGCGCGCGAGAGGGAUGAGGUCGUGAUGAGGGCCGCCAGCGAGGCCGGUGUGGAGGUCAUAGUCAAGAGCGGGCGGACGCUGUGGGACAGCGACGCCGUCGUCGCGAAGCACAGCGGCAAGCCGACCAUGUCCAUAUCGCAGCUCCAGACGGCCGGCGCCAAGGUCGGGCCCAUAGCGAAGCCGAUUCCCGCACCGCAGAGCCUGCCGAACCCGGGUGAGAUGCCGGUGGACUUUGGGCAGACGCCACCCGAGACGGAGCCCGACUUCAACGCGGAGCAGCGGACGGAAGGGGACGCGGCCUACACGAAAAUCGCGGGUCCGGAGGGCGACUUUGCAAUCGAGACGAUGCAGGAGCUGGGUUUUCCGCCGGCCAGCACGCCGCAUAGGGGCGGAGAGACGCGAGCGCUCAGGAUGCUCGAGGAGAUUUUGGCGGACAAGAAGUACACGGCCACGUUUGAGAAGCCGAAGACGAGCCCCGCAGCGUUCGAGCCGCAGUCGACGACAUUCAUGUCGCCCUUUCUGCACUUUGGGGCGCUGUCGGUGCGCGAGUUCUACUGGAGGGUACGGGCCGUCGUGGACGCGUACGGCAAGGGAGCGUCAAAGGUGCCGGAGAGCCUGCUCGGACAGCUGUUCUUCCGCGACAUGUACUUCGCGGCGCACGCUGCGUUGGGCUACAGUUUCACACAGACUGCCAACAACCCCUACUGCCGCUUCAUCCCGUGGCACUUGCCGUCCAAGGUCGAUGCGAAGACGGGUCUCGUCACCGGCGAGUACCACGUCGACUCGACGCAGGCGGACGAGUGGUUCAGGCGGUGGAAGUACGGGAUGACGGGGUUUCCGUGGAUUGACGCGCUCAUGCGACAGCUGCGCGAGGAGGGCUGGAUCCACCACCUGGGCCGCCACUCGGUCGCCUGCUUCCUAACGCGAGGGGGUUGCUAUAUUCACUGGGAGCGCGGCUGCGAAGUCUUUGAGGAGUGGCUUCUCGACCACGAGCCCGCGUGCAACGCAGGAAACUGGCAGUGGCUCAGCUGCACAGCCUUCUUCUCGCAGUACUUCCGCUGCUACAGCCCCGUCUCGUUCGGGCAGAAAUGGGACAAGCAGGGAGCCUAUGUGCGGCGUUGGGUGCCGGAGCUGAAGGACCUGGAUGCCAAAUACAUCUACGAGCCGUGGAAGGCUCCGCUGCCAGACCAGAAGAAGGCAGGGGUCAGGGUGACCGGCCGCGGGGAGACGCAGGAAAGGGGGGUUUACCCGAAGCCCAUGUUCGACUUUAACGAGAGAAGGACGGCGUGCCUGGCGGCGAUGAAGAAGGCCUAUGAGGUCGGCCUGCACGGCAACGACGACAAGGUCCUGGACGGCAGCUGGCGUGAGCUGUUCGCGGGCCAGGGUACCGAGAUGAUGGACGAGUUCGAGAGCGACCAGGGCGAGCGCGCAGACCAUGCGGAGGACGACCAUCCGGCCGUCAAGGCGGAGCCCACGGGAGACGAGAGUACGCCGGCCAAGCGCAGUGCCGACGAGGGCAGCGCCGAGCAGCAUGCCGACAAGAAAAAAAAGCUCUAGCCAGGACCUGUUCUGCAACGGUGUUUGCAUGGCCGCAGAUGCCUUUCAUGAUCGGACGAACCGUAGGCUAGAUCGUCCGAGGCGAAGUACAUGACUGCGUAGCAUUAAUGAUGAAUGGCAUGUCCCCGUGGCAUAACAACGAGCAGGCCUUGCCACCACGCCGGGUGCCUGGCUUUACCACAACAGCGCAUGAUGACGGAACUCUCACCGGGCAUGCAUUUGCUGGCGUUCUGGCGAGAAGCCGUCGGCCUUUGACGUUGGAUUGUCGUGCCGCUCAGUGGCCGUCAGCCCCGGGUCCCGUGUGGGUCGACUCGUGCCGCCAAGUCCGGAGUCGCUGCUCCGUCCGAGUGCCUGCCUACUCGUCAAGCACUCAGCUCCCUUACAAAAGAAAUAGGUAGUUAUGCACCUACGCGGAGUCCACUAACAUUGCUCAUUUUUUUUUUUGUCACCGCCAAGAAAGGUGGAAAGGCCGGUUUUGGG